AGCCAGGGCCAGGCAGCCAUCCAAUCUUCACACAGGGGCAGAGGGCGGUCGCGCACACCUUUCCCUUCCCCCCUCUCGUUCCCCUCUCCUUCCCAUUAAUAUCUAGCCGCACCUUCCCUCUCUCACCUCCUCAUCCUCCUCCAACUGUGAGCGCCCCUCGCUCGCUAGGGUUCCAUCAUCCCGCCCGCUGUUCCUUUUCGUCCAUGGAUCAGAACUUCGGGAACCUCGGGACCGGAGCCGGGAGCAGCGGCGGGUGCGGGGGCUCCAACUCCAACUCCAAGGCGGUGGCGGCGGUGUCGUCCUCGUCCUUCCUGCAGCUGCCGCUGUCGACGGCGGCGGCGGCGUCCCCCGCGUACUACGGCGCGCCGCUCGCGCUCCUGCACCACGGCACCACCGCGGGCCCGUCGUCGUCGCAGCAGCAGCAGCACCAGUCGCCGUACGCCAAGCACGGCGCCGAGAUGUCGGCGGCGGAGGCCGACGCCAUAAAGGCCAAGAUCGUGGCGCACCCGCAGUACUCGGCGCUCCUCGCCGCCUACCUCGACUGCCAGAAAGUGGGCGCGCCGCCGGACCUGCUGGAGAGGCUGACGGCCAUGGCGGCGAAGCUGGACGCGCGCCCGCCGGGCCGCCACGGGCCGCGCGACCCGGAGCUGGACCAGUUCAUGGAGGCGUACUGCAACAUGCUCGUCAAGUACCGGGAGGAGCUGACCCGGCCGAUCGACGAGGCCAUGGAGUUCCUCAAGCGGGUGGAGGCGCAGCUCGACUCCAUCGCCGGCGGCGGCUCCUCCUCCUCCGCGCGCCUCUCGCUCGCCGAUGGUAAGUCAUCAGAAGGGGCCGGCUCUUCGGAAGACGACGACAUGGAUCCGAGCGGCCGCGAGAACGAGCCGCCGGAGAUCGACCCGCGCGCGGAGGACAAGGAGCUCAAGUACCAGCUCCUGAAGAAGUACAGCGGGUACCUGAGCAGCCUGAGGCAGGAGUUCUCCAAGAAGAAGAAGAAAGGGAAGCUGCCGAAGGAGGCCAGGCAGAAGCUCCUCCACUGGUGGGAGCUGCACUACAAGUGGCCGUACCCUUCGGAGACGGAGAAGAUCGCGCUGGCAGAGGCGACUGGCCUGGACCAGAAGCAGAUCAACAACUGGUUCAUCAACCAGCGGAAGCGGCACUGGAAGCCGUCGGAGGACAUGCCAUUCGUCAUGAUGGAAGGCUUCCACCCGCAGACCGCGGCCGCGCUGUACCUGGACGGCGGCGCGUUCAUGGCCGACGGCAUGACGACGUAUCGCCUCGGUUCAUGAACCGCCGUGGACAAUCCAAAACCACCGGGCGACCGUGUCGGAGUGUUUCUGCGUACCAGGAAGAUGCGAUGCGAGGGACGUUGUUAAUUAUGGGGGGGUUUUGCUGCCGGUUUCCGCGCUGAUCGCCACCAACCAAGGCGGGGUGCGGUCAGUGAUCUAGUGGCGCUCGAUCUAAGUUGUCUGUGGCUUCUGUAAUGUUGUUGUUGAUUUCGGCUUGUAAUCUAGCUAGGUAUUGUUUCGAACUUGAGUUGAAAGUCUGCAAGUAUCCUGCAGUGCAGUGCAGGCGAUUAAUUGGGCGAGCAUGCAGUCGCUUGCCUGUUUGUAUGAUUGAUUGCAUGGUUUGGAUCGGUGGAACAUGCAUGGUAAGGCGUGGCCUGUCUGAAUCAACAAAGAUGGCUUUGUCUUUUACGGUGAA